GUACGGAGAUGAAGACUACACCUCCUGCCCCCCGUUUUGGUCCACUGUCAUCACUAUUUUCAAUCUUCUCCUUCAAUUCUAAGACCUCUUUCACCAGCUACACAUUGGCUGGUCGUAAUCGAGCAUUCUCAGCCUUCAGCUCAUCCCACUCCUUCUCAGCCUCAAAAAGUUAUUUUUUCAAUCUCACAUUCCCCAAUGCUAGCCCCAGCUCGCCAGCCGUAAACCUCAUAUCACCAAAUGAAAAAUUAGACAGCGGCAGAGAAGAAGCUUGUUUUCAAUUCUUCUUCCUCGUGGACAUGGCAAUGUCAUCCUCUGAGCCAACUCGAGAAAAUUUCGCAUUGACGACAAGAGAGGGAAGAACUAGGAUAACAACAGGAAUAACAGUCAGGUCGGGACCAAUCUCGAACCAAAAGAGGUUCUAA